CAAUGCCCUUUUAUAUAUAUCAUAGUCUGAUAUGUCGACCCCUAGCUUGUUGCUCUCUUGAAAUAUUUGUCACCCGAAAUUCAGUGACGGUGACUGUAAUUUUUUUUUUUUUUUUCAAUUUCAAGUCAUAGUUUUCAGGUCAAUGGAAAGAUCAAAGAAGAGAGUUCAGUUAUGGAAGAAAGCUAUAGUUCAUUUUUCUUUGUGUUUCGUUAUGGGAUUCUUCACUGGAUUUGCUCCAACGGGUAAGACUUCUUCACCAGCUUUUUCAACUAUAAUGCAAAAGUACGCUCCAGAACCUGUCGAAACGUUUCAACCGGAGAUAAAAAUACAAGCCAAAACCAAUGUUGACAGAAGCCUUGUAGAUGAAACUGAAACGCUUCAAGAGCCAUCUGCAACAAUGGUGGAUGAUAAAGAAUUGGAACGUGCGAAAUCAGUUGAUAUUGAUGAAGAAAAAGAGCCCAAGUUGACGCCAAAAAGACUAGUUAUCAUUGUGACGCCUACGAAUAAAAGAGAUAAGUUUCAGAAUGUGUUUUUGAGGAGAUUGGCAAAUACUAUAAAGCUGGUUUCGCCGCCAUUGUUGUGGAUAGUUGUGGAAGGAAAGUCGGAUUCUGAUGAAGUGUCGCGAAUAUUGAGGAAGACGGGUAUCAUGUACAGGCAUUUGGUUUUCAAAGAGAAUUUUACAGACCCGGAAGCCGAGUUGGAUCAUCAAAGAAACGUUGCGCUCAAGCACAUUGAGCAACACAGACUGAGUGGAAUCGUUCAUUUCGCCGGCCUUUCCAACGUUUAUGAUCUCGGCUUCUUCGACGAGCUCCGGGACAUUGAGUACGUAAAAUUUUCAUUUUUUCUCUCUCACUUUGAUAUUUCUUAACUCGACCAAUGGCAUUUUGACCCUCUCUGGAAGGAUACUUCCUUGACUUCAGAAAUCCCAAUAUAAUCUCCAUUUAGGAUUAAAAUUUACCCGUGAAGAGCAAUCUUAUCCAUUUAUCUCAUCUUAGGUAUAUAACAUGAUGAAGAC